GCAGUUGCGUCUAUUCUUAACACGCCGAAGAAAAGUGUGGUUUGGACUCGGGACUGACAGAGGAAGUGAAACAUUUCAUCCCUGGGAAUGACCACAAGCCGUAGGCGGAACAAGUCGAGUUUGUAACCGUUUCACCGCUUUUCAUUAACAGCUUUCAUUGAGCUGAAGAUGGACAGAUCUGAGCGUGUCUGAUGUGGACGACAAGAGGGCAACAGCUGUCCGGCUAACGUUAACCCCGCUAGCAGACAGUCUGCAUAAAUCAAGCCCUGUUCUUAAACAUCACUGAAACACAACAACAAAGACACACUGACUACAUCAUGAACGAUGAUGUGAUGUUAAAUGUACCGGUCAUCCGGCAGCUGUACCACUGGGAUUGUGGCUUGGCCUGUUCGAGAAUGGUACUAGAGUAUUUACAUCCGGUUAGUGAGGAGGAAUUUCAGAGAGUGUGUUUGGACUUGGAGAUCACCGAAAGCGUGUGGACUAUUGAUCUGGCUUAUCUCAUGUGUAAACUGGGGGUCAGACAUUGCUUCUACACACAGACGCUCGGCGUGGACAAGGGCUUCAGGAAUCAGUCUUUCUACAAAAAACAUUUUGACACAGAGGAGGACAGGGUGAACGAACUAUUUCUGAGGGCUGAAAGCAAAGGAGUCCUGGUGAAAAAAUGCUCUGUUAAUAUUCAGGAGAUCCAGAGCCACCUGGAGCAGGGUCAUGUGGCCAUAGUGCUGGUCAACGCAGUCGUGUUGGUGUGUGAGCUGUGCUCCACGCCUGUUAAAUACUGCUGUUUCCUUCCUGUGGGUCAGAAGUGCUUUUGCAGGAAGCCAGAAUACCAGGGCCACUUUGUAGUGGUGUGUGGAUUUAACCGCAGAACCGGCAGCAUCUUCUACAACAAUCCCGCCUACUCAGACCGUAUGUAUCGUGAAGUUUUGACAUUAUCCUUAAAGACACCACAAGCACAUUUUUCAAUGCAAAACAUCAAAAAACACAAGGUUAAACCAUUGAAUAUGGUUAAAUAUGAAUUCAGAUAUUUAAAUAAAUGUAUUUCUAUACUUUUUAAUUGAUGACUAUCAAAUGUAAUUAAGUAUAUAUUUAAGUUUUUAACUACUUUUUUGAGGCUACUUAUAUCUCAGAACAAACAGCCUUAUUUAUUAAAGUGUAUAUUAUGAUUAAUUUUAAAUGAAUAGUUCACCCAAAAAUAAAGUUAUGCUGAAAAUGUACUCACCCUCAGGUCAUCUAAGAUGUGGAUGGAUUUGUUCAUCAGAACAGAUUUGGAGAAAUGUAGCAUUACAUGACUUGCUCAUCAAUGGAUAUUCAUUUUUGGGUGAACUAUUCCUUUAAUAAUACAGAAUCUCCACAGAUGGCAAUAACAUUAAACCUGAGUCUCAUUGAUGCCCAUCUCUUUGAUUGGCAGGUGUGUGCUGCACCAGCUUUGGUAAUUUUGAGGAGGCCAGAAGAAGCUAUGGAACUGACGAGGACAUUCUGUUCAUCUACAAAGACGGUUGAGUCAUGACCGCUUCUGAAUGAACGCACGCACGUUCACAACCCCUUCUGCAUCCACUGUGGUUGGCUGGGUAGCAUUUUUGCCAACAGGGACCAGCGCUGCUGGCCAAUAGCAGAUAGUAUGUUUCACCUCUGACUAUGGUCUUCAAUAGAGCUAUAGCAUCGCACAAAACAUUACUAUUGUGCUACAUCGGCCACAGAAUGAAAUGUUCAUGAAAGGAAAGGGAGAUAUGUAUAUGUAACUCAUUAUUGUGAUGUGGACUCAUAUUUUCAUCUAUAAGUCAUAUGAUUUCUAUAGUGUCUGCCACUGUAAGAGGAGGAGGAGGUGGAGUGUACAUAAUGUUUGUCAUUCAUGUAAAGAUAAAGAUUUUGUUUGUUCAGGGUAACCUUGCAAAAUCAUGAGGUUGUGUUGAUUUUUCUUGGAAGCCACUUAAGAAUACAGUGAGUUUUUAAUUAUUGUACAAGAGGGAAGCUGUUUUUAAAAACUCAGGUAAGAUUUGAUAAAUCCAGCAUGUUAUAUAUAUAUAUAUAUAAGGAAUGUUUCAUAGGUGCAAUAUGUGUGGAUCAAUUUCUCCAGGGGUUUCUUCAAGAAAAUCACCUCAUAAUCUCAUGUAGAGUAGCAAAAAAAGAGUUUGGCUGCUUUGUGGGCAACUGUGAACCUUGACCAUAAAGUACAUUUUAAACUCCCUCAUAGCACUAGUACAGUAUUAGACCUGUUUCUGUGUAAAUUACAAUAUUACGUUGUUAAAUUCUCAUGAUUACAUUGUGUUGGUAUAAUUCAUAGUAACUUUAAUUCCUCUGAGAGAGAGAACAGGUGUUGUACACCGUUUGAAAAGGUUUGUGACACAAUGGCUGACAAAUCAAAUGCUUGCACUAUGGUGUUCCACCAGCCAUAAUUAUGUUAUUUAAUCUUUGAUCAUUCAGGUUAAAUGGUAUUUUGUUGUUUUUUUCUUAGAUUUUUAAGACAUCAGGUGUCCGAUUACAUCAGCUUGUGCUUUUUUUUUUGAAAGACCAUAAGGAAUGUUGAUAUGGCAAGCUUUAUUUUUAUGAAAUAUAUAGUUGCAUUUCAGGAAUUAAUAAAAGUAUUUGUAUUUUAA